GCGCGGCGGGCCCGGGAUGUUCGCGGCGGGCCCGGGAUGUUCGCGGCGGCUGCCGAGAGAUUCCUGCGGCGGGCGAGGGAGAUCCAGCCGGAGGAGCUGCGCAGGUUCGCCGCCCGCGUGUCCGCCCUGCUGCAGGGCCCCGAGCCGGGCCCCGAGGCCGUGGAUGGGCUGCAGAGCCUGCACCUCACGGUGGCCGCCACCAAGUACCCCCGCAAGCUCGAUGGCGAGUUUGUGGAGCUGUUGCAGACAGUGCUGUGCUCACCCAAAAGUCCUGAGCAGAUUCAGGUGUUAUGUGCUGCCAUCCUGAGAGAGAUGUCACCUUGCAACGAUCUCAUCCUCUCCUGUGAUGAAAUUCAAGAUACAAAGCUCUUGAGCCUGGUGUCCUCCGUCCUUCUGGCUCAGGGAAAUAAGGGUGAAGUGGCAGCUGUGGGGCAGCGUGUUGUGAAAGCCUUGGAAAGGAGACUGCCUGAGGGUCAGAAUGCUCAGUUCCUUCUUCCUGUCCUGGCAAAUGUCCUCAGCCUUUCCCCAGGGUCUCUAACAGAAGAACAGAUCGAUGUUGUCAGUAAAAAGCUGGCUGACUGGCUGAGGUAUGCAAGCAUUCAGCAAGGAAUGGCUCAACCCUCUGGAGGCUUCUUCUCCAGUCCCAGAACCAAACAGUUCCUGGCAUGGAACAGCCCACCUCUGAUCUCUGAGUUUGUGGACCUUCUCCCAUUUCUGCUGGAUCCAGGCACAACCAUUGAGAUCUUCCAUUUGCUGCUUGACCUGCCCUGUCUGACAGCAGCUCUGGACAUCCAGCUGAGGGCAGCAGCUCUUUCUGCCUCUGAGAAGGCCGGGGCUGACCCAGCUGGGAAAGCAGCCACGUGUCUGGAGGCCUUUGGCCAUCCCCUCUACAAGAGCUUGUUCCAGUAUCUGCUCCGCACCAAGGCUGCUCCCGAGGAUGCUCCGGAGAGUCUGGUUCCACUUCGGCAGCUGCUGGGAUCCCUGGCUGGCAGCCCAAGGGUAGUGCAGUGUGCAGAGACUGUCCCUGUCUUACUGGAGCUCUUUUUCAGGGUGGUGGCAGAGUUUGCAGAUGGGUCUCUGAUAAACCAGCUGGUGGUGCUGCUGCUGCAGAAGAGUGACCAGCUCUAUGAGAUCCUAGCGUUUAAAGAGGAUGUGUACAGGGUGCUGGGCUCACAGCUGGCAACGCUUUGCAGGCUGCGCCCUGCGCUCCUGGUGGAACUGUCCACAGAGAUCCUGGAGUUCUUGGGAGCAGUCAGCAACAUCCAGAGCAAGGAGGCCAUCUUCACCCACUUGGCGUGGGCUGUGGGCGAGUUCCUGUCGGUGUCCCACGACAAGCGCUGCACAGUGGAGCAGAUCACACGGUUCUUCGAGCCCCUGGAGGCCGUGCUCUUUGAGAUCACCCAGCUGCAGCCACAGGCCAGCACCCCCAGCUGUGCCCCCCAUGCCAUCAGUGUCCUCAUGGCCACCUUGACCAAGCUGGCAGCCCGCAGCCAGGACUUGAUCCCCAGAGUGUCCAUGUUCCUGUCCAAGAUGAGGACAUUUGUGCAGAGCCCUGCUGUCACCUCUGUUUACCGUGAGGAAGACCUUGAGGAGAUCCUUAUACGUGCAACUGAACUCAUGAACCUGCUCAAGAUGCCCAGCGUGGCUCAGUUUGUGCUCACCCCACCCGUGGCCAGCACACAAUUUCAGAGGGAGGUGAAUGACUCCCUCCCUUUGGCCCUGAGGAUGGUCACCCAGCUCCUGGAGCCUGCUCCAGGCUCCGUGCCAGUGUGAGGGCAGGAGGUUUCUGGAAUAACUCGCUGGACACUGCUGACACUCAAGGCUGAGGCCCUGAUCUUAACUGGAAAAGAGGAACAAAUGAUUGUGAAUGAAACAGAGAACAGGAAUAAGGAGAGCUGAAGCUGCUCUUCUGAUCUAAAGCUGUAUUUCUGUCCUAGUGCCUGUUGCUUUUUUAUCUCCUAAGCUUGUCUUAUCCCUUCCUGGUGAGUAUGCAUUAAAAAUCCUGGUGGAUUUGUGCAAAUGUUG